GUCACCAACAGGGAACAUUUUGAGCGUCGGACCAGACCAGCGUCGCCCACAUACUUCCGCAAACAGUGAACGCAUGCGUUCGCGUGGGAACAACAUACCCGGAGAUUUAAAUGUAGAAAUUAGCUUUUCACAUUCACUCCGCUUAUACUUCACUGACCCAGACGUCGCUAUGAAACCAGUGUUUCCGUUUUCACGCGUUUGUACCGUCAGUUUAGCUUCUCAGUGAUUAGCUUAGCAAGUUGGAAUCGAACUAAACGUUUGGAAAAUGGAAAUUAAUGACCGACAUUUUAUGAACACUCCACCGAUGAAGACUGUCAGGUUUGGAGGCAAUGUGGCGGAGACUUUGGUCAAACAUAGACAGGGGGACUUACAGGACUACGAGCUGCUGAAGCAUCAGCUCUCGGACCCUGACAUAAAGGAUGCGCAGAUCGUGAAUUGGCUGCAAGAAUUUCGGAAAUGUGUCACCCAGUUGUCGAAGGAACACGAACAGCUGAUCUACACUGUUUUGAGACUGCCCUGGGUGGGUCGCAGUCAGGCGGUGGUGGAGGAGUACAUGUGUUUCCUCAGUAACCUGGUGUCGGCUCAGACCGUUUACCUCUGUGCGGCCCUCAAAUCUGUUGUCGCCCACUUCACCCCAAGGAGGGUGACCAUAAGUGAAGGAGGAGUUGAUUUCAUCGACUCAGAUGAUGAAGAGGAGAAUCUUCCCAGGAACUUCGACCAGUGUCACGUGGCCCUGCAGGUCAUCGCCAGAUACGUUCCAUCAACCAGCUGCUUCCUGAUGCCGAUCCUGAGGGUCAACUUUCCCUUCAUGCAGAGGUCAGCGAGGACUCUGGAGUGCUACGUGCACAACCUCCUGAGAGUGAGCGUCUACUUCCCUGCCCUCCGCAGAGACACCCUGGAGCUCGUCAUAGAAAACCUGCUCAAACUGGACGUGAGCGCGUCCCGCUCGGACAUCGAGGAAGCGGAGGCCAAUGCUGAGGCACAGCAAGCGGGCGGGCCUGUGGAGGAGGCCCUCUUUGAUAUGGACGAGGACGAGGACAAGCCUCCGCUCUCCAGUGUGCUGACCAUGGCUCACCCGGUGGCUGAGAGGCUUGACACGGUCAUGGGCGUGAUGAUGGCCUACAUCAAAGACGUCUGCCACGUCAACGGUGUUCUUCACACAGAGCGGACCAAGGAGCUGUACCGGGAUCUGCUGAGCAUCUUCGACAAGCUGAUCCUGCCCACGCACGCCUGCGCUCACGUGCAGUACCUCGUCUUCUACCUCUGCAGCUUCAGACUGGUCAGCGCUUCACUCUCACCUGCUGGAAGUUUGAAGCAUGGCGCCGUUCGAGCCAUGCGUCUUGUGUUGCAGGCCCUCGCCGAGGCCUUCCUGGACCACCUGUGGAAGGUCCUGGAAAGCCCAUCCCAGCCUGACGUCCUGCGGCAGGCUGCGGCCGGAUACAUGGGCAGUUUCCUGGCCAGAGCCAAGUUCGUCCCGGUGGCCACCGUGCGGGCCUGCCUGGACCUGCUCCUGUCCUGGAUCCAUCGCUACAUCGACGCUCAGGAUGUGAGUGGGAAGCAGACCUUCUGCGACAUCACGCUGCACGGCCCCUUCUACUCCAUUUGCCAGGCCGUCUUCUACGUCCUGGUCUUCAGACACAGAGCCAUCCUCGCUGCCGACAUGAGGAAAGGUCUGGAGUACCUGCGCAGCCUUAACCUGGAGCGGGUGGUCAUGUGUCAGCUGAACCCUCUGAAGGUGUGCCUCCCGACCGUGGCCAGCAUGUUCGCUGCCGUCACCAGGAAGUACCAGGUGGUGUUCUGCUACACCAUCAUCGAGAGGAACAACCGCCUGCAGCUGCCGGUGGUCCGGAGCUCUGCCGGCGGAGACGGCGGUGCCACCAACACCAACCCGCUCGACUGCUUCUUCCCCUUCGACACCUACCUGCUCAAGAGGUCUGGGCCCCUGAUCGAGCCGCUGUAUCAGCCUUGGGAGGAGCUGGCAGACAUGGAGAUGCUGGCGACCAAAAGUGCGCCGCAGCAGCAGGGAUCCAGGGAGGAUGAGGACGACUUCCUGAGUGGAGAGACCCCGAAAGGCGACGGCAUCAUGGGGGCAACACCCAGCUCCCUGGACGCACACCUGUGCAGCCCCAGCAGCGUGGGCUCGCCGCCCACCAGCUUUCACAGAACUUUCUAGAAGCCAGGCCCCCGGUCUUCCUGGUCCUGAACGCUCUAUGUUCCAUACUUUUAGCCUCGACAGCUGAACGUCCUGGAAGUUUUCACUGAGAACUGAGUUUUUAUAUGCACAACUGGAGUGAUGCUUCAUGUCUGCAGUGGAAUAUGACCAUCAUGUUUCAGAAUUGUCAUAAAGAUCUUUAUUCACCACCUGAGGCCGAUCAUUCAGCAGCAAGACGUUCAGACUCAGAACAGUUCCGCCAGCGCUCAGUAGGUGGCGACAUAGCCAGGGAUUGUUUCAAGUCUUCCCUGCGGUAGCUGACAGACUCGCAGGUGAAACCCUGACUUCCUGACAUGCCGUCACGCACCAGAGACGUUAUUGAUCACGUCUGUUUCAGGAAGCAGUAUCUGCAUCUUCAGCGCUCAACAGAGGGCGCUGUGUUCCCCGAGCAGAUCCAGUUCAUUUAAGCGCUGUUGACGGAACAGUAAACAAUGAUCAGCUGACAGACGAAGCGUCACAUCCGGAUGGUGUUGUAUAUUUUAUUGCACAGAUUAAAUCACUGCUUGUGACGGACAUGUAGCUUAUCAUUUGCACUGAUGCAAAACAACACUGACCAAUGGUCUUGGAGGCACGUGCACGUGCAUGCUUUGUUAUCUGAAGGUCCGAAUCUGACCCGAAUGGUGACCUCUGUGCGGCAGUCAAGGUCAU